GCCAGAGGCGCCGCGCACAGCAAUAACUCCACUAGGAUCCUGUGGUUGAUUCUCUGGACAUCAGGGAGUGAAGUAGGGAAUCCUGGGGACCUCUACCUCUAUUGUUUCUUUUCUAUCCUAUGCCAAAUGUAAAAUAGACAGCAUAAAAGGCGUGCAUAAUGCAAUGGAAACAAUGGACGCGUCCGACAAAAAUCGAACUUACCCAAAGUCCACCGUCGUGUUAAAAAAGCGCAUGCCAGAUAGUAAGGAUACCACUGGGACGCAAGACGAAUCGAAGUACGUUGAAUUUAAUGAUUUACUUGACAUAGAUACAGACGACACGAACACUGUCACCGGUGAGGGGAGCCAAAUGGCGAUUGACGAGGGCAACGGUGGCUCGAGAGCAGAAGAUAAAACUUCUGGAGACGGAGACCUGAUGAGUAAGGUGACUGAUCAUAUCAACGGCGACAAAUUAAAGGAGGAUAUUAACACAAAGGAGUGUGCCAAGGGCUAUCUAUCCGGGUUUCUUGGAACUGUCUGCUUCUCUGAGGUUUCUAACAUGAAUGAAAACAUGAUGGACUCUCCCGAAUCCCCUAGAUACGUUGGUAAUAGGGAGGUCACCGCGGAGUGGACACCGGGAAAGGACUCAUUUGAGGAUGUAGAAAAUAUGCCAAUUGACAAUGAAGAUUUACAAUACACUGACAUGUUAAGCGGGCAAAGUGAAUCGGAUGAUGAUGUGAGCUUGGUGCUGACCGGUGAUUGUGAAGAUUGCGUGCCUUGCAGUACCGUGGAGGAUGAGCCUCAUUACAUAACCACGCACGAGAUCCAGCUCUCCGAGCUUUCAGAUCACGAUGUCGAUAAUGAUAUCGGACAGGGGUGGGAUGAUAACCAGAUCUACUCUUUUGUAGAAUAUGCUGCUUUUGACGGCGAUGGAACGAUGGCAGGAAGAGAGAAGAGGGUGAAAAGCAAUCAGGGUCAGGCUAAUAGCGGACCGGCAGUCAGCACUAAGCUGGAAAGUGAUCUCGGGGACAGGGACAAGUGCGCCAUCUCAGAUGAAAGUCUGUCAAAGAACCAAAAUAAUGUUAUAGGACAGAUCCAUCUGUCAAUCAAAACGACUUCUCGAGCUAUAAAUGAGCCUAGCAACGUCCAAGAAAAUGAAAAUAUUAUUUAUCAUGCCAAGCACGCUGGAGACAUGAGUCGCUAUGUUUUUAGAGGAGCUGGUGAUGCAAAUACGGAGAAUGUCUGUGAUAGUGCUAAGUGUUUCAUAGCCGCCCCCGGACGCUUGCACUUUGGCAAGAAAUUAAAAGGGAAAGAUGUUAACGACUAUUCCAGCGGUGCUUCCAGCGCCGUCAGUGAACUUGACGAUGCGGAUAAGGAAGUGCGCAACUUGACUGCCAGAGCGUUCAAGAGUUUAGCAUACCCAUAUUUUGAUGCCAUCAAUUUCAGUACCUCCAGCGAGUCCUCCGCCUCCGAGCUGGGGUUGAACAGGUGGUCAACUUUUGUUGACCUUAAAUAUGGCAACAUGAACAUGUCUCAGGGACGCGAACCAAAUACAGGGUCUAAUAAAAGUUCUACGUCAUCCUCUGAAAUUGUUAAGAAUAAAGACAAUAAAGGAUAUAAGGGUUUGGCAUUGGCUAGUACUAAACCGCCCCCGAACAAGCUCUUUGCAUUGAAUAGUGCUCUUUCUGGUCCCUAUAACGCAUCUUCUGCAGCAAAGAAACUUGAGCUUAUGGGAAAAUUUGGGACGGGACACGGUGGAGUUAUCACGCUCACAGAAACAUUAAAUAUUCGUUGUAAUGUCAAAUCAGGGCUGCCUGGGAGCGAAAGGCGCUCGAAAUUUGCACAAAACGCAACAGGAUCACGUUCCACAGAUGAAGUUACCAGCACCUUGCCAAGCGGCCAGAGGAAUGAGGCCAGCAAGCAACCCUGUAAUGCAGGGGAAACCAUGGAAGGCACACACAAGAAAGCAAUAUUCGCCUCGAGCCUUCUUAAAAAUGUAAUUUCUAAGAAAAUGCAGUUUGAGCAGGAGCGCAAAAUGGAGAGGGGGGAGAUACGCGAGUCCUAUCACGCUCCAUCUCACUGCCUUCUCCAACAAGAGCCUGAAAUUGCGCACAUGGAAAGGGAGAGGGCUACACCGAAAGAGUCCAAGGAUUUCCAAAGGCAAAGCCCGAAAUACUCAGAGGCGAGUUCAGACUUAACUAUUGUUUGUGUCGAUGAACUAGGGGACUUAGUGGACACUAGCUCGUGCGAUGCCAAGGACGAAUGUCGUAGACAAGACAUUUUAACUCUUGCACCAGAAACGAAUUUAGCGUCGACAAAUGAAGUAGGAUUCGAUACUAAAAAAGGAGCAUUCGAAGUGGCCAACAACACACUGCUACGCAGCCAAAAUAGCGCAUUCAGAUCCUGGAGGGACGGUGAGCUAGAGUUUCAAAAGGAACAUAUAAACGAUAAAACUCCGGAGGGGAAACCGUCUUCGUCCAACGGCAACCAGGGGGAAACGGACUUGUACACCGAUUCAGGCAACAGUGAGCUAACCAAAAUGUUACAUUUGUUUGUGCCAAGUAUCCAACAACUGUCCAAUGAGAGAGAAGUUUCAAAACAGCUGCCGACUAUGAAUUAUUCGACCCGCGCGGCCGCGGAUCAAGGAGAGGAAGGAGGUAUGAAAUUACGCGCAAAAAACACCCAAUACGUCGCUGGUCCGAGGAGUGUGGUAACAUCCAAAUCACCGGAAAUUAAAAUCAGUUUACGGAGUGUAAAAGAAAACAAAAGCGACCCGUUCAACGUUGCAAAGCUGGUGCCUUCCAAUAUAGGCUGCAACUCAGUCAACCUGAUAAAGGCAGGCGACGAGUCCAGAUGUCAAGCGCUCGCCGCAGCGUUGAAGGGUGAGUCCUCCGAAAAAGUACCACACUUCACGGUCAGAGACAUACGAGACCACAGGGGAAAGUUGCAAACACCUAUACACCAAGUUCGAGACGUGCGUAAAUUGGUUAAAAGUUCUUAUCACUUUGUGUCGUUGGAUAAUAACGCCACCGCCGGCGACCUGAACUCAGAUCAAAAGCUUUUCAAACAGGGGUCUUAUCGAAACCCUGCGUCGCUUUCCCCCAUAGUAAUAAAGUGUCAGUCUGUGAAUACCAAUACAAAUGGGAAUGGGAAGCUAUCUGGAAAUUUAAUUGGGUAUUCUAAACCGAGGCUCAACGAGGAUUCAUUUGAAGUUGACAGGUCAUCACCCCAGCAAGAGGGCACCAAAAGCGGCAUCCACCAACCGACAUGGAGAGAGCCAUUAGGCAAUGCAAAACAACAGAAAGGUGAUUCGUCUGAAGGCCCCAUUGGACUUGUAAUUGAAACCAGAACAGCUUCUAGAAGACAGGAUAAAACACCUGACAUCGGUGACAAGACCAAACCUGAGUGUAAAAUGUCCAACCUGGGUGCCUUCCAGAAAUUACAGGCUGCAGUCAAAACCAUGGAGCAGUUGUAUGUUUUUGAUAGAAAUGAGUGGAAGAGGAAAUCAGAGCCACACUCCAUAUUAUCAGACAGUCAUGUGCUCUCUCUCAUAUCCAGAGAGGAGCAUGGGCCAGAGGAGGAGGGAGUGAAUGUGGCCAAUGCCAUGGCCGUGCCAACAUUUAACAUGGACAAGUUCAUCCGGAGGGACUCAUACCCUAACUCUGGCAAAUCCCUGCCUGCUACGACCGCCUUGCCCGUCUGCGAAACGACACCACCCAAACGAGAGGAGAAAGAGCCCCCGAAGACUUUUCACAUUCCCAUCAGCCGGGAUGUGCCCAAAUCCCUGGCUCAGCUAGGUGGAACACCAAUGGGUACCAAUAAUGUGUUUAAUGUCAGCUCCAUGGCUUCAGGAACCCCCCCCACAAAUAACAAUAACAAGGCAUCAUCACAGCCACAUGCUGUAUCACAAUCACCUUACUGCAAAGGCUUCAGCCAAGUGUCUCCUAAACUUCCGGUGUCAGUGAAAAUCUCCCAGCAGCUCAGAAAGGCAGAGGAGAGACAGAGAGAGAGACAGAGGGAGAGACAGAGGGAGACAGCCAACAGUAUGACGGCAGACAUGCCCUUCCAGUUCAGCAGAGCCUCAGCCGAGCACGAAAACUACCUCACCAUGCCCGUCAAGUCUCAUGCCACCAGCGCCAAGCAAGCCGCUGCGUCCGCUGGCGGUGGAUGCGAGAAGACAGCAGUUUACAACUUCUCCGCCACUGGCGCCAAGUCCCAGAUGGCCAGCCCACCCGGUUAUUGCGGCGCCAGGAGGCAGGAAGAGACACGACUUUCCCCACAGAAACGCUCCACCAUCGUCAUGGAGACGAGAGCCCAGGACACGCCAACUGCCACCAUCUACCACAUGCCCAUGGCUCAGAGCAUGGCGUCCGCCCAACCACAGAUGUACUGCUUUUCCCCAACCAUGUCCCCACAAGCCAUCCCCCAGAUUGACCACUACCAGCGCACCCAGAGAAAGAUGCUCUUUGACCCCAGCACAGGGAACUACUACCUGGUGGACACCCCCGUCCAGCAGGCCACCCGCCGCCUCUUCGACCCCGAGACGGGCCAGUAUGUGGACGUGCCCAUGUCCCAGCAGCCCAUGUCUCCCAUGUCCAUGUCCAUGCCCCAAAUGCCGCCCAUGCCCAUGCCCAUGCCCAUCUCGCCUUUAGCCCUGAGUCCCGGCUCCUAUGGCCCCACCUACAUGAUCUACCCAGGCUUCAUGCCCGCCAUGCCCAGCACGCCUACCCUGAUCCCCACUAGAAUGCAGUCGCAGCUCUCCAUGCCGUUGGAGCAGGAAGACUCCGGAGACAAAGGCGGUUCCUCCCAGCCAGACUACAUGGACAUGGAGAGUCCUUACUACAUGGCCACAGGGUCUGGGAAGUCUCCCUUGGCUGGAGGCUCCAGUAUGGGCCAAGUCCAGCAGCAGGGCAGGCCGGGGGUCCAGGGCUUCUCCAACGGGAAGCAGCCAGUGAUCAGCAUCACCUCCCAGCAGGGACCACGCAUCAUCGCCCCGCCCUCUUUCGAUGGGACCACCAUGAGCUUUGUGGUGGAGCACAGGUAAACGGCAGGACCUGUCACAUGAUACGAGUGAUGUGUGAGGAGUGACGUGUCCUGAUGUGUUCUGGGCCCUCCAGUGCCACUAACCCUGCCGUCUGGACUUUAUGGUUCAUGGUCAUCAAUGCCGGUCGUCAUGGUCAUCAGGGUUCUUGGUCAUCUCAACCGACAGGAUUGUUAUUGCCUCACCUUUCUGAAGUAGGCUACCACUCUAUCCCCCUUUAUUUUCUUAACAACUCUGUGUUACAUUUGGGAGUUUGGCAGAAAUGUUUAAUUGUAAAAAAAAAUAAUAAUAAUAAUCCACUAGUUAAUGUAGUUUUUUACCAUGUGCUGUAUAUUUUAUUUACAUGUUUGAUUUUGUGUCAUUUUGAUUUCAUAUUGCAAUACUCAUGCAAUGCAAAAUAACCUCAUGCAAUUGUUCUCGCAGGCAUUGUCAUGAUAAUCAAUUUCAUCUGGACAUUGAAUUAAUAAUAGUAAUCAUGUAUUUUCACAUAAGAAAAGCAUGAUUGUCAAACCCACCCUCCAUUGGUUAUUAAUAAGAUUAGGCUCCAAAUCCAUUCAUGUGGGACCCCCAGCAUUACCCCUUUGUUAUAGCCCAGCAUUAACACACCUGUGUCAACAAAUCAAGGGUUGAGGAGUUAAAUCAGGUGUGCAAGUGCUGGGCUAAAAAUAAGUGCUCACUGAGAGGUUCCUAGGAACGGAUUGGGAAAUAUGUUGUGGACAUUUUCUUUGUCGCAUUCUCCACACUAGAGGUCUAUGUUCUAAAAUGCACAACUUCCGGAAGGGUGCAGCUUGUCCCAUUUAUUUCUUUAGCAAGUACAUGAGGCAUGACAGCACACUUGGACAGCACACUUGAACAGCACACUUGAACUAAGUCCUCAGGAGAAUGGAAGACGGCUUAUAUCUCUCUUUGUAUCUUUAUUGACCUUGAUCUGAACCUGUACUUGGCUUCCUCCCUUCUCUCUGUUACGGUGCCACCCGCUGUUUGCUUUAUCCCUGUUGAUGAGUUCAGUUCAGUACAGUAUAAUCUUGUAUUGGUUUAAUUGUUUAAAAAAAUGAUAUGUUGCCAACAAUAUUAGCACUAAAAACAAUUAUGGUGGACAUUCUAUUUUCUUUCUGAACCGUGUCAUUAUUUUACUAUUGAAAAUGAAUGAGCGCUUGUCUUGAAUACACAUUAUGCAAUAUGUGGUUUGGUUUGAUAUACUUCUACUGAAAUUGGUAUGUUGUUGCCUGUUUAUCUUGGGUAUUGUUAUUACUGCAAUGUCAUUAAGUGUUGACAAUUUUGCCCUGUCACAUUUAAGUGCUCUUAAUGCAGGUAGCAAGCACUGUGAGUAAGAGGUGGAUGUUUAGACAUUUCAUAAGAUUUCAUAAAAACACAACUGAA